UCGGCAGCUCCCACACCCGGUCCUGAGGCUGGACAAAAGAUGCCAGUGAUCAAUAUUGAAGACUUGACAGAAAAAGACAAAUUGAAAAUGGAAGUUGACCAGCUCAAGAAAGAAGUGACCCUGGAAAGAAUGCUGGUCUCCAAAUGUUGUGAAGAAGUAAGGGAUUAUGUGGAAGAAAGAUCUGGGGAAGAUCCACUAGUAAAGGGUAUCCCAGAGGACAAAAAUCCCUUCAAGGAGCUCAAAGGAGGCUGUGUGAUUUCAUAAGAAAAAAAAUGCCAUGGAAUAGCUUGAGCUUUAAUGACAGUACUAAUUUUUGGUCAUCUAUAACAAUACUAUUACGCAUGUAGACGUGUCACAUCCUACACUUUUCCUGGCUUUACAAAAUGGCAGCAAGAUGAAUCCUGCUUUCCAGAUAGUGGAGAAACCAAUGCUGAGUGAAUCCAGGAGAAACCAAUGCCUACAUCCAGGGAGUUGCGGGGGGCCAGGAAUUCAUAACCCUCGGUGUCAACAGUCACCCAAACCUUGGUUGAUGGGGAAUGGAGAAACACUUUCUGGUAAGAACUUUUAAGAUUCCUGCUUCUGUCUUCUCUAGUAUCAUCCGUGCAUCCUCCAAAUCAUUACAAAACAUUCCCCUGAAGAAAGAAUGAGAACUCUGGUGUGGAGGAUGCAGUUUGUUAAUGUCAGAAAAUGGCCCUGCAAAUUGUACAGAAUAGUCACAUCCCGAUGUCCCCCUUGAUCCCCAAAUGUGUCAAGAUGUUUCGGGCAUUUAACAGACUGGAUGGGCAUACAUCAACAGACGUGGUGGGUGUCUCUGAGAUUACAGCUCUGUUUCAUUUUCCUCUUGGGCCUUUUCUUAAGCAUUCACAUUUCCCACA